GGUACUCGCCUUUUUUGUGAAAUCUUCUCUCGUGCGGCUAAAAUCACUUCAGUUCAAGUGUUGAUUUCUUACAUGGCUAACCACCAUUGGCCCUUGCAACCUCCAAGGUCGGGAUGGCUGCUACUCUUGCUGGAGUAUGUCAGGUCCCUCUUACUUCAGUUUUGCUGCUUUUUGAGCUAACACAGGAUUAUCGAAUAGUUUUGCCCCUACUUGCGGCUGUUGGGAUGUCUUCAUGGAUUACAUCUGGACAAACAGAGAGAAGAGAUGCUGGAGAGAGGCAAGAAAUGAAAGAGGGAAACAUUCAUGCAACUCAACAACCUGAAACAUCUUCCUCUGGACCAAGUAGACUAUUUUCCGACUAUGUAUCCAAUCAAGAGGUAUCUUACACUAGUAACCUUUGUGAAGUUGAGGAUUCACUCUGCCUUGAUGAUUCUGAUAUUCAACCUGAGGAGUUCAAAGAUAUUUUUGUUUCAGAGGCCAUGAGAACAAGAUAUGUCACUGUUCUGAACAACACUUUGCUUACAGAAGCAGUGACUCUCAUGCUUGCAGAAAAACAAUCUUGUGCCAUGAUUGUUGACAUUGACAACAUAUUAAUUGGUGUACUGACACUCGAAGACAUUCAAGAGUUUAGCGAAUUUGUCAAGGCAGGAAACAGAGCACCUAAGUCCUUGUUGAAGUCUCGUGCUGGCGAGGAAGAAAUGGAGCAGAGCAUGAGUAUAAAACCUAGGGCAAAAUCACAAUUUUACUCCAUGUUGUUGUUUAUUGCAGUUCCUUUACUGUCUUUUAAUAAAAAAAGUAGUAUAGGUUCAGGUUCAGACUCUUUGUUACUGGUUUUACUCAUAGAUUUAGGCAACUCAGGAGUAGGAAACUCAGGAACAACAGAAGGAGGUAAUAUGUUAGGAGACAUGAGAGAAGAUGUGUUCAUAUCUCACAAUUGA